AUGAUCCCGAUGAACACUUGUUGGUUUAUUCUCUAUCUGUUGUUUUUCCUAUGUUUCUCUAUAAACAUCAAUCUUUCUCAAGGAACUGACAGCAUUACGGCAAACGAGCCUCUCUCUGGAAGCCAGACAAUUGUCUCUUCUGGUAACAUCUUUGAACUAGGAUUCUUUGCACCAGGUAGCAGCCUUGCCUAUGAUAAACGUACAAAAACAAAGAAAGUCCUUAUUUCUUGGAAAAACUCUGAGGAUCCUGCACCUGGGCUUUUCUCUUUUGAAUUAGAUCCAAACGGGAGUCAGGUUAUUAUAAGAUGGAAUAGGACUGAAUGGUACUGGACUAGUGGAGCUUGGAAUGGGCUUUUUUUCAGUUUAAUCCCUGAGAUGAGGCUGAACAAUAUGUAUAAUCAUACUUAUUUUGACAGCGUUAAUGAGAGUUACUACACAUACUCUCUUUAUAAUCCUUCCAUUAAAUCUCGAUACGUGAUGGAUGUUUCCGGGCAAAUUAGGCAGACAUCGUGGAAUACGAAGGAGUGGAAUUUGAUUUGGUUUCAACCUAGUCAGCAAUGUGAUGUGUAUGCUUAUUGUGGGGCAUUUGGUACCUGCAAUCAGAAUUCAUUGCACUUCUGUUAUUGUUUGCCCGGAUUUAAGCAAAGGUCGGAGAAUGAUUGGAAUUUGAAGGAUUAUUCGGGUGGCUGUGAGAGAGAGAUCAUUUUGAAUUGUACAAAUGACAGAAAAGACAAGUUUUUGCCGAAUAACCUUGUUAGAUUACCCGCAAAAUCACAAUCACUAAUGGCAGGGAGUGCUGGAGAAUGUGAAUCUAUCUGCUUGAGUAAUUGCUCUUGUACAGCUUAUUCUUACAAUGGCAAUGCAUGCUUGGUUUGGAAUGGGGAAUUAAUGGAUUUAAAACAACCCACAGAAAAUGAUGGCAAUGAAAAAAUGAUCUACAUUAGACUUUCUGCCUCUGCAUCUCAGUUUUCGAGCACCAAAAAAGGUAAAGGGGUUGUCAUAGGCGCUGUUGUGGGUUCUGUUGCUGCAGUUAUGGUUCUAUUGACCAUUGUCAUGAUAUGCAUACGUCGCAAGCGUAUAUCUAGAACUACAAAAGAAGCCGAGGGAUCACUGGCAGCAUUUGGGUACAAGGAUGACUUGCAAAUUGCAACCAAAAAUUUUUCGGGUAAGUUGGGAGGAGAUGACAACAGUGGUAUCGGUGUUCCUAUCUGCAGUUGGGAAAGUAUAAUAGCUGCUACCAAGAACUUCUCAGAUGCACAUAAACUUGGACGCGGGGGAUUUGGUCCUGUUUACAAGGGAAUGUUUCCUGAAGGGCAAGAAAUUGCAUUGAAAAGAAUAGUUGAGGGCAAAGGAACAGAAGCAAGCACCAAAAAAGUCAUAGGAACCUAUGGUUAUAUGUCUCCGGAGUAUGCAUCAGAUGGAAUAUUCUCAAUAAAAUCAGAUGUAUUUAGUUUUGGAGUUGUUGUGCUCGAGAUAGUCACUGGAAAGAAAAACACGGGAUUUUACCAAUCUACAGAAGACUUGAAUCUCUUGGGUUAUGUCUGGAGAUUGUGGAGUGAAAACAAGGCAUUGGAUAUAGUGGACCCAUUACUGCUUGAAUCUUGUGAGAAAUCUGAAGUUAUAAAGUGCAUAAAUGUUGGGCUGUUGUGUGUAGAAGAAGACCCCAGUAAUCGCCCCACCAUGUCGAAUGUAGUUUUCAUGCUUAGUGGAGAAAUUGCAGUUCUUCCAGUUCCUAAGCAACCAGCUUUUGUAAUGAGAAAACGCUCAUCCUAUAAUCAACCGGCUUCGUUCUCCAACAAUGAGUUGACGGUAUCUAUGCCACAAGGGCGUUGA